UUCCUGACCAAGUCGUUUUACGUGGCUUGUAUGAAGUACGGCUUCUUUUUUUCUUGGUUAUAUACGCUUUCAUUGAGGUUUGUUUAUUCUUUAAUGAAAUAAAUAUUAAUUUUCUUAAUUUCAUCCUAUAAAAGUUUUAAAUAAAAUGGAAUCGAUGGUCGUAGAAGAGAUUAAACCUAUAGAAAAACCAGUUGAUAGAGAAAAGACUUGUCCACUGUUAUUACGGGUUUUCUGCUCAACUGGACGCCACAAUUCCCCUGGUGACUAUGCUAGAGGAAAUGUGCCUCAAAAUGAACUCCAAAUAUAUACCUGGAUGGAUGCAACACUCCGUGAACUUACAGGACUUGUAAGAGAAGUAAACCCUGAAACUCGACGCAAAGGAACAUACUUUGACUUUGCAAUAGUAUAUCCAGAUAUGAGAUCUCCAACUUACCGCAUGAGAGAAAUUGGAGUGACAUGCUCAGGACAGAGAGGUGGUGAUGAUAAUAAAACAUUAUCUCAAGUAAAGUUUCAGAUUGGCUAUUACUUAGAUAUAUCAAUUACUCCACCAAAUAGAAUGCCUCCACCAAUGAGACGUCCCCAAGCAUAUAAUAAUAACCGUGUAUAUUAAGUAAUAAUUAUAGUAAAGUAAACAUGAUAGUAAAUAAAGUGUAUUCUUUAAUGUCCA